AUGAGUUCAAACAUGUACUCUCAAAAACAAAAAAGACACAAUGGUUUUAACAAGAACAGAAAUGGACUUAAUGAUGGAUAUAUAACAAUUGAUGAGGAUAUCAAUCAAAGUACAAUCAUCAGGCAUCAGCCUUCAACAGUAUUAAUUGGAGAAUCACCAGUUAUCACAUCCAACAAUACACAACAGGUUAAAAUUAUUAAACUUAAUGGUAAAUUAUAUGUCCCGGUUCAACAGGAAUAUCUUCAUGAAAAGACAACAAAUAAACAUGUUUACAAUGAAGCUCCACCAACAAAUAUGAUGAAUCAUCAUAUAGACAACAACUUGAAUUAUACUUAUGGUAAUACUUUAGCAACACCAGAUAACUAUCACCAUCUUCUGGAAAAGUCAAAUUCAACGCCUAAAAGGAGUAGGGAGCAAUUGAAUAAAUCAAAUGAACAGAAGAAAAAGGCUAGACAUGAAGAUGGAAACUAUCAGCAACAAACAAAUAGGCUCUCGCCUAAAGGAAAUAUACCAUCUCAAGGUUCAAAAAUAAAUAUGAUGUCGUCUAAUUAUCGUCAGACUGCGACAACAACAAAAACAAAUAUUAACAAAUCAUAUACCAUUCCAAUGGAUCAUUUGAAAAGAGCAGUUGGUUGCAAUCUUCCUUGUUUUAUGAUAGAACUUGACAAGAAUGUCGCUCCACGUAAUCUUCCAUCUGCAGUUAUUGCUUGUGAUUUAAUUAAAGACCAUUUCAACAAAAACAAUAUUGAUAUAAAUGGUUUUUCUGUUGCUCUAUUUGUAGGACAUCGUUUAAAAAUAGGUAUUAAUAAUAUGGAAGAUUAUUCAAAAUUUGUCCGUACGGACAAAUGGCCAACGUCAAUUAAUGGAAAGAAAAUAGAAUUGAACAAACCAAAAUUUGUUCCUGAAUGCUUUACGCUUGUAGUACGAUACGUUCCUCAGGAGCUUUCAAUCCAAAAUGUUGCUGAUGAAAUAAAACGUUCAAUCAAUUCUGCCGACAAUUUCAAACAAAUUAUGUAUUCAUUUAAUCGUCCUACAAAGGAUAUAAGAUUUACAAUAUCCGAUUUAGCUGAAUAUGAAGGUGCAUUAAAAUUAGGUCGUUUAUGUAUUGCAAAUCGUCUUCAUCCAGUUACAAGAUAUUUGCCAGCAAACAAAUUAACUUUCUGCACCAAUUGCUGGCAAAUCGGUCAUGUACGUACUUCUUGUAAUUCAAAUGUGCGUAAAUGUCGAAUUUGUCUUAAGGUCUUCGAUCGUGGUCAUAUGAGCAAAUGUUCGGGUAAGCCUUGCUGUGCACAAUGUGGGCUCGAUCAUCAUUCACUCGAUCCCAACUGUGAAUACAUUCAAAACUACAGACAAAAACUGAAUCAAGAAGUUAAACAAGCAUUUAGAGAUGGUACAAUUAAUAGAAGAACUGUUCAACUUCAUCAUCAACAUCAAGUACCUCAUCCGGGAUCAAGUUAUGAUAUUGAUUAUUCUCCAGUAUCGAUCAUCAACAACAACACAAAAAUGGUAGAGAAUAAAAUAUGGUCACGUACAAACUCUCAAUUAGUAAUAAACAACAGCACCUUCUCCAGCACUUCGAUUACCUCCAUGCUGGUGAAGAUGAACCAAGAUUUAAAAAAUGAAAUGCAUUCAAUUAAAGAAAUGAUUUUGGAAAAAUUAGAUGAGAAAAUCAAUAUUAACUCAAGUAAUAUUCAAUUACACCAAGUUAGUUUGUGCACAAUCAAUUCAACAAUCACAAAAAUUUUACAAAAUGUAUUACUUCCAAUGGUAAACCUUAUUCCAGAUUCAAAUCUUGAAUUGAAACAACAAAUAUCAUCUGCUGUUCAAGAACUGGAAGUACCGUUUCGUUUACAUGCAAAUCAUAUGCGUAAGAACUUUAACAUCGGUCACAACAAACAACAAUCAAACAACAUCGAUCCAACAGUACCUAUUAACAACAAAAUUAAUCUAAACCAACCACCGUCUUUAUCACCAUUAAAUGAUACACCAACCUUAAUAGAAGAUUCGGACCGAAUGGUGGACGAUAACUAG